AACAGCUCCCCCCCAGCUCCGCGGGACCCCGAGUUGGAGCCCGGUCGCCGGCGGAGGAGGGCGGCGCAGGAGCGGGGGCGGUGCGGGGCGGUGCGGGGCGGAGCGGAGCGGCCAUGGCGGAGCCCGGGGUAGCCCCGUUGCUGGAGACCGCUUGCCGUGUGCACCAAGUUACUUUCGGGCGGGCGGCCGUGCUGGCGGUGUGGGCCCCCGGCCGGGUCAACCUCAUCGGCGAGCACACCGACUACAACGAGGGUUUCGUGCUGCCCAUGGCCCUGCAGCUGGGGACGGUGCUGGUGGGAUCCCCCACGACGGACGGGACCAUCUACAUCCUCACCACCUCGGUGGAGGCGGACAAGCCCCACAGGGUGGAGUUCCCGGCUCCCCACCAAGGCAGCUCUCUGAUCCCAGGGAAGCCAGGCUGGGCCAACUACAUCAAGGGCGUCAUCCAGCACUACCGGGGUGGUCCCGUGCCGGGCUUCAGCGCUGUGAUAGCCAGUGACGUCCCCCUGGGUGGGGGUCUCUCCAGCUCGGCUGCGCUGGAGGUGGCUACUUACACCUUCCUCCAGCAGCUCUCUCCUGAUGACAGUGAUUUGGAAGCCAAGGCGCUGGCGUGCCAGAAAGCGGAGCACACGUUUGCCAACAUGCCCUGUGGGAUCAUGGACCAGUUCAUAUCCGUGAUGGGCAAGGAAGGCCACGCACUGCUCAUUGACUGCAGGUCCCUGGAGACCGUCCUCAUCCCGCUGACCGAUGCCAGCUUGGUCGUCCUCGUCACCAACUCCAACGUGCGGCACACACUGACGGGCAGCGAGUACCCCACGCGCCGGCGGCAGUGCGAGGAGGCAGCGGCGGCGCUCGGCAAGGCCAGCCUGCGAGAUGCCACCAUGGCUGAGCUGGAAGCGGCCAGGAGCCGGCUGGGCGAGGAGGUGUACCGGCGGGCCAGGCACGUCAUCAGUGAGAUAGCACGGACAGUCCAGGCAGCCAAAGCACUGCAGAACAAGGACUACAAGACAUUUGGGAGGCUGAUGGUGGAGAGUCACAACUCCCUCAGGGAUGACUAUGAAGUGAGCUGCCCAGAGCUGGACCAGCUGGUAGCAGCAGCUCUGGAGGUCGAUGGGGUUUACGGCAGCAGGAUGACCGGGGGAGGCUUUGGAGGUUGCACGGUGACAUUGCUGGAGGCCAGCGCUGCAGAGAGAGCCCAGCAGCACAUCCAGGAGCAGUACAGCGGCACAGCCACCUUCUACCUCACCAAACCCUCCGCAGGGGCACAGGUGCUGCCCCUGUAGAGGAGCAACCACCUCGGUCUGGGCGGGGAUCACCUUCCUCCAAGGAGCAGCUGCUUUCCUCGCUUCACAAGGGAACCAAUUUGUCUGCCUGCAUCGUUUGCCUAAUAAACACAAAACAUUUGCGCAUUCA